UGAUCAGCAUAAGAGAUUUCAAACAUUGCAGUCCAUCGUCAAUUUUGAUCGUUUGUGGUUGCAACUAGGGGAGUCUAUCAUUCCUCUUGUUCCCUGUAUCACGUUUUUAGGGUUCGUGUUUGACUCAAAUCUUUCUUGGAAACUUCAUAUCAAAAAGAUUAAAGAUGAGGGUCAGAAGCGCGUUAAUCUGAUCAAAUCCUUUGCUGGGAUCAAAUGGGGUGCACACCCCGCUACUCUAUUAACGGUAUAUAAAGGUUUAGUCAGGUCAAUUCUAGAUUGGAGUGGCAUUGUAUUCACGGAAAUUCCUAGGAAUCUGAUCAUGCAAUUGAACAGGAUUCAGUAUAGUUGUGUCCGUGUAAUUCUGGGUCUUAUGAGAUCUACCCCUACCAAUAUUUUAUUGGAUCAGACUGCUGAGUGGCCACUUGUAUUCCGAUGGAGGUUCUUGGAAAUGAAGACUUUUGUCAAAAGUUGUACUUUAUCGGAUAAUCCGUUGACUAGAUUUGUCGAUGACUGGUGUGUCUCUGUCUCUGACAGAUGCAAUGCUCGUAAUGAGUUGACCCCUGUCCCAACAUUUCUGUCUAAAGUCUUAACAAAUCAGGACUCUCUUAAGAUAAUGAGAAAUCAUUCUUUUCCUUCUUCCUUUGAAUAUCCCUUUAAUCUUAGAUUUUUUCGUCCUAACAUUAAUGUCAAUCUCUUUGAUGAAAUUAAGAGAUUCAAUAGGAGCAAUGGCAAUCUUUGGUUUGACUCCAAUAAUAAGUGGUCGGUUGGCGGGUUACAUAGACGGGCUUGUGGCAUUAUUCGUGAUUUAAAUAUCUCCACGGAGAUGUACACUGAUGGCUCAGUACUUGAGAGCGGGAAGGCUGGAUUUGGGGUAUAUGUCCCGUCUCCUGAAUUCCGUGAAUCCAUCCAUUCCUAUGAUUCCAGUAUCUUUUACGUUGAGGCAUUGGCUGUCCUUUGGGCUAUUAAUAUUAUCUCAGAUGAGAAUUUCAUAAAAACAGGUAUUUUUACCGAUUCUCUCAGUACCAUCAAUGCCAUUGGCUCAGAUAAUUUUAAGGAAAAAGCCGCUAGUAUUAUUCUAACUAUUAAAUUUGCUCUGUGGAAAGCCUCGGCUAAUGGACUGGAUAUCACUUUAUUCUGGACACCUGGACAUAGGGGCAUUCCUGGCAAUGAGUUGGCAGGCGCUCUUGCCGGACUCGGAGCACGCAGUACUGAACCACCUAAUGAACUGCGUACACCUCCAUUCCUAGGGGACUUUAUUGAUGGUUUUAAGAAGAAUCUUCAUGAGAAUGCCUUGGAGCUUCUUGAAAAUGAAUUUCUGCACAAAGGCAUUAAAUAUAUAACUGAAGUUUCUCAGCUGGCCACCAAACCAUGGUUUGCUAAUUUGAUCCACGUCAAAAGAAGAACCAUUACCUUGAUGGCAAGACUAAGAUCGCGUCAUAUUAGCACUACGGAGCAUUUAACCAAGAAACUCAAUAUAGAGGAUGCUGCUUGUCCAUGUGGAUGGAAUAAUCGAGAUGUAGAUCAUAUUCUCUUUAAAUGCCCCUUAUUUGCAGAAAAAUCAGACCAACUGUUCUUAAAACUUUAUCAUAAAGGAGAUAUUGUUAACAGUAAUGAAAUCGUAAACUCAGCCUUCAACAACAAAUUUAUCCCCAGCUAUACGGAAAUUGCAAAAUUCUUAAAGGAGACCAGUCAAACAUUGUGGCCGACAUAUACAGUAUCUUAUAUAACUUACAUCGAGAGAGUGGCGUUAGAGCAGUACCCGAUUUGCUCAGAGCCAUCUAUUGAAUUGAAUUGA